UCACUUCCAUUUGCCCUGUGUUUUUGUUUGGAGCUCCGGGAAACGAAGAGAACAGCGUGAAGAGAGAGAGAGAGAGAGGGAGAGGGAGCGCAGAGGGGAAGGGGAAGAAUGGCCGAGCCUCCACCUCCCAGGCUCAUGAAUUUCGUCUCUGAACAUCAGUUGGAUGAAGCGAGGAGAACGAGGGGAGAGCGUGUCGAGGACGGGACCGCGCAGAGAGACAAGCCUCUGUAUCAGAUUCUUAAAGAGAACAAAGACAAGCGAGACGCGGAAUUCAAUGAACGGUUCAAACAUAGGCCUCCCAAAGCUUUGGAUGAAGAUGAGACAGAGUUCCUGGACAAUUGGGAGAUGUCAAAGAGACAGUAUGAGCAGCAGAUGGCAAAUGAUGAAGCUCAACAGCUCCAGGGUUUCCAGGAAGCAGUCGCGGCACGUGCAUCUGUGGUUCAUGAGUUGAAAGUUGUGCCUUCUGAGUCGAGAGUUGAGGAACGAAAACCUGUUAGUAAGAAGAACCCACCAGGACGCCCUUUUGGCAACGUGAUAAUGGUAAAGCCUCUAAAGAAGCAGAAGACAGAUGCUCCAGAUACUAGUCUUGGCCCCACGUCAAGGGCGUCUAAUACAGACGAAGAUAAAAAGUCCAGUGCUGUUGAUGAGACAAAGCCACAGGAUACAGAUGAGAACAUUAAUGGCAACACAGGCCUCUGUGGUUUGGUGUCAUAUAGUGAUGAAAGUGAAGAUGACAGUGGUUAGAACACCUGUUUUAUCUGGUCCCAAUGUAAUUUUUGCACCGUGACUAUCACAUGCCUUUUUUAGUCAAUGGAAUGAGUUCUUUUCUGACUGGUUA